GCCAUUCUCAACCCUUCACAACUACUCCAAAAAAAAAACCUAAGAAUGGGAAUUUCUCGUCCUCAAAAGCCUCAUGUUGUUUGCGUGCCAUUCCCAGCACAAGGCCAUGUAAACCCUUUCAUGCAACUAAGCAAACUCCUCCUCUGCACCGGUUUCCACGUAACAUUUGUGAACACCGAGUUCAAUCACAAGCGUUUGGUUAAGUCUCUCGGACAUGAGUUUGUGGAGGGACAACCUCAUUUUCGAUUCGAGACCAUACCAGAUGGGUUGCCUCCAUCUGACAAAGAUGCAACACAAAGCAUUGCUGCGCUGUGCGAUGCCACUAGAAAACAUUGCUACGAGCCUCUCAAAGAGCUCGUGAAGAAGCUCAAUGCUUCACACGAUGUGCCCGUGGUUAGCUCCAUCAUAUACGAUGGGUUAAUGGGCUUUGCCGGAAAAGUGGCCAGGGACUUGAAUGUUUCUGAGCAACAAUUUUGGACAGCCUCAGCUUGUGGCUUAAUGGGGUACUUGCAAUUCGAUGAGAUUGUCAAAAGAGCCAUUAUUCCAUUCCAAGACGAAAGGUUCACUGCUGAUGGAUCUUUGGAUACAAAUCUCGAUUGGAUAACUGGAAUGAAAAACAUUCGAAUUAGAGAUCUUCCGAGUUUUGUCAGAACCACAACUCUAGAUGAAACUAGUUUUAUCUUCUUUGGUUUUGAAGCAAAAACCUGUAUGAAAUCAUCUUCAAUCAUAAUUAACACUGUCCAAGAAUUGGAAAGUGAAGUCCUUGAUGCCCUCAUGGCCCAGAACCCAAAUAUAUACAACAUUGGUCCACUUCAAUUGUUAGGAAGGCAUUUUCCUGACAAACACAAGAGCUUCACGGUGAAAGGGUCAAAUCUUUGGAAAAAUGAUUCGGAAUGUAUCCAAUGGCUAGACCAAUGGGAACCUUCAUCAGUCAUUUAUGUGAACUAUGGAAGUAUAACUGUGAUGUCUGAACAUCAUCUGAAAGAAUUUGCUUGGGGACUAGCAAAUAGCAAUCUACCCUUUUUGUGGAUAAAGAGGCCAGAUUUGGUAAUGGGUGAGUCCACACCUUUGCCACAAGACUUCUUAGAUGAGGUAAAGGAUAGAGGAUACAUAACAAGUUGGUGCCCCCAAGAAGAAGUGCUUGCUCAUCCAUCAGUUGGGGUCUUCCUAACUCAUUGUGGUUGGAAUUCUACAAUUGAAGGUAUAUGUGGAGGUGUACCUAUGAUUGGUUGGCCUUUCUUUGCUGAACAACAAACAAAUUGUAGGUACAUAUGCACUACUUGGGGCAUAGGAAUGGAUAUUAAAGAUGAUGUAAAAAGAGAGGAGGUGACAACACUUGUGAAAAAAAUGAUAGAGGGAGAAAAGGGGAAGGAAAUGAGGCAAAAGUCUUUGGAGUGGAAAAAGAAAGCAAUGCAAGCCACUGAUUUGGGAGGAACAUCUUAUAAUGAUUUCUAUCGAUUAGUGAAGGAAGUUCUUCAUAGUGAUGCUAUUUGAGUUUGGAGAUCCAAAGGUUGGGUACUAGGAUUCUUUCAAUAGUGGAGAUCCUAAUGCUGGCUAUUUGGCAAUAUAUUAUGAAAUAGUAUGAUCGACAUAAUGGACGAAAAGCAAGGCAACUAAAUAAAAAUUUGUAUGGAUUGUAUUGUGUGUUUUCCUUUACAUUGUUGUAUGAUCAUGUACUUUCAGUUGAGUGUAAGCGUAUAAUUUGAAAAAUAGUGCUACCUUGGAUUUUGUAAGAUUUUAGCAUUCUCUCCUAUUGGUGUAUGUAUCUAAAUAAUUUCUUCU